UGCGGAUACAGGCUUCGAAAUACCCUGGUUUCCACGGAACAUCAGGUUGCUUGCAUGCCCGAUGAACCAGCCCGGCUAGAAUUGUGUAGUAUAAGUAGCAAUACGAUUGCUUCAACUCACAACUGUCCUACACCAGUAUCCUCUUCAAUACCUACAUCUCUCUUCGAUACUGCCUCUCACACUUCCAGCCAUCAUGGUCAGACUUGCGCCCCAUAUUCUUUUCUCUGCCACCCUGGUGUCGUCGGUGUUGGCUCGCGCCAAAUACACCUUCAAGCCGGAAAAGUCGACUGUGUAUCAAGAUUACGAUGACCCCACCGGCACUUCUUGGUGGGUAAGCUCCUACAUCACCAGCGAAGAAGGCAAACAGUAUCUGGCGCUUUCUCAUGUCAUGACUCCUUGGCAUGACCUCUGCCGAUCAUCUGUUCUCGACUUGGAUGCCCUCAAGUAUUGGGUUCACCUCGAGUACUGUGAGAGGGUCGGCAACAAGCUGAGUGACAGCUCUGUUCCUCUGGACGCAGACUUUGACACUUAUGGUUUCCGGGCCCUCGCCGACGAUAAUGUGUCCAAGAUGAACGCUUGGGUCACCACCAAUGCCUCUUUCUCUUUCGACUUGACCUGGGAAGCUACGAGCAAGAUUGUAUUCAACGGUGGUUCUGGUAUCAUUCCGUUCGGACCCAAGCCGCGUAACGCAACCGAAUGGGGAGUCCCCGCGGCCAAGACGACCGGCACCCUCACCCUUGACGGCAAGACAGUUGCUGUGGAUACAAAGAACUCUUUCAGCUGGUACGACCGCCAGCUUUCCUACGGUUCCCCUCAGAAUUGGACUUGGUUCCAGCUCAACUUCCCCGGAACCGAUAUCAAGGCGAGCGUCUGGGCGUAUGACUCUACCGAGCCUUCCAAAGACACGGCCAAUUUCGUUACUAUUCGUCGCGAUACCGGCAACACGGUGAUGGGAUACACCUUGACCCCUGACGCGUCCAAUGUGUGGACUUCGCCAAAGUCCGGCAUUGUCUACCCUCUGGCCUGGAAGCUCAACUUUGAGAACGGCGACCAUCUGGUGGUCAAGUCUAUCCGUGAUGACCAAGAGAUGUACGGACCCAUGACCAACUCUGAUUCUGCGUACGAGGGCUUCAUCACUGUGACUGGCAGUUUUCUUGGCCAGAAGCGCGGAUUCGGUCUGGUCGAGAUGGUCAGGAUCUAAUUCCACCAGACACCGAGACAUUGCCUCGUGUCAGUGUCCCUUCUUUUCUUGUCUGUCGUCCAAAAAGGGAGCAGUGAGCAGCGAGUAGCAUGUGAAUGGCGAUGCAUACGGAUACUUGUGGUACUGUAUGCCAUGGGCCAAUGCUAGAGUCCUACUCCGCAACUUAAGCUAAAUUAUAGAAACACCCAUAGACUAGAC